CGGACACGGGCAUUUCCAUGGACAUUUCCCUCCCGCCGGGCAAGGGCAUUUCCCUCCUGUCGGGCAUGGAUUUAGGCCCAACGCGUUCAGCUUCCCACACGGAGUACAUGGCUUCAGACCUGCCGCCGUCCACCGCCCCGUGCGACCUGUGGCACCUGUGCGACCUGUGGUGCAUCAGCCGGUUCCCGUGUCCCCGGUGCACCGAGGCCGAAGUGGACCUGCAGUGCCCCAGUCAGUUACCUCGGGCGUCCCGGUGGACCAAAGGUUGGGCGACAGCGAGUACCACUUCUCGUGGCGCCAUGACGGCAGCAAGACCUACACGUGGGAUGGCGCCAACCAGUACUGCGGCAACCUUGGCUCCGGCUGGCAGGGUAUCAGCAUCGAGACUCGCCAAGAGGACAAUCUCGUCAGGGAUGCGAUUACAGAAGAUCAUCUACCAUGGAUUUGGACCUCAGGUCAGAUCAAGAACCAUGGCUUCGCCUGGGCUUCAGGUGAAGAAUUCGUGGGUCUCAACUGGUCUCACACCGGCGGGAAUCAUCGACCACAACCAGACAACCGAGAGGGGAAUGAGAACUGCCUGGGGGUUCUCAACAACGUCUACGACGACGGCAUCAAGUGGCACGACAUCGCCUGCCACCACGACAAGGCCAUCAUCUGUGAGCACAAAGUCCGAGUCCAUGGAUGAACACAAAUACACACACAAAUGAAAUGAAUGGAUGAAGAACAAUACUGCUUUCUUGUAGCACAAUCUCGUCCAUAUGAUCUAGAUCAAAUGACGCUGUCUGUAUUUAUAUGUAUUUAUAUGUGACAAUGAAUGAAGACCAAUUUGCUUAA